CCUCACCUCAUUCCCUUCCUCUCAGUCCCUAAGUUUCAGUCCUUUCGUUUUGGCCAAAGCUGUCUCAUCCUUUCAGGAACCCCUGACACGACAUUUUGCCGGAGGCUGGUCCCCGGCAAACCUGCUCAACAAGAACAAUCUGGUCCACAAAAGAGUCUACAGGCUGAUCCAUUUUUUUCUCAUCACUUUGAGACAGGGCAAGCUAGGGUUAUUAGGCAGUUUUAGGGAUAGUGCAGGAGGGGACCUCUGAAAAAUUUAGGGAGGCUUCAGAGAUAAGGACAAGCAAGGGAAAGUAACCCAUUCCAUUAGGAAAAACAAACAUGCCAGGACCAAGGACAACAUUGUUAAUGCUGGUCCUGGUUUCCUUCAGGUGGUAAAGGGAGGCGGAGAUUGGAGAAAUGGAGAGUGAUUUAAUUUAUGGUCACAUUAGAAGGGCAGCUGUUUAACUUCAAUGCAGGGAUGUCCAUCCAGAGGACUGGGCCAUAAAUUUAAAGAUGCAACAAAUGGGGAAAGAGAAAGCUGUUAGAUAAGGAACGUGAAGAUCCCCCUACUCAGUAGCAAAUUAAGUGAGACAGCCGAGAACUAACCAAUCACAAAGAGACUGGGGCAGCUUUAGAAUAAUGAGGGAAAAAAGGUAUAUAUUCCCUAAGACACGACUCCACUUUGGCUUCCUUGCCCCUCCCAGGCCUGGUUCCCUGGCCUGGGAGUCCCACUUUAUUUCUGCUCUUUUUCUCCUCAAUAAACUUUUUCUUCUAAACAAACCUGCCUCUUCUCGCUUGCUUGCCUGAGCGUCUGCGAAGUUCCUGCUGCGGCUUCGUGAGACACCAACCCGUGGGGGUCUAGAGGCUGGGGCUCAGCGCUGCCCUGCAGCCUGAAAUCCGAUCCCGGCUGGGAGACUAGGCCUGACAAUUCCGGCAUCAACUUUGUCUCAUUUCCGAGUCAUCUACUGACACCCUCACCUCCUAAGAUACUCAUGAUCCCAUCUAAUCUCUAUGGCAUUCGCCACUGUAUACCCAGUCUUCUCAGACCCUGCUGCGGCUUCCAGAAAAGAGGUCGUUUAUUGAUAUUCUUCUACUUCUCUAGGAUCUCCUUACUUGUAAAAACCAUUUCUACUCUCCUCUUCUUGAUUUUCGCCGCCUACUUCUCCUUCCAUACAUGCUUCUGCAUCUAUUCAGUUUUCCCAUUAGUGCACUCCCAAUCUCUGCACAAGAUGUGUAAGAUUAAGAGUUCUAGAUGUACCUCUAACAUGGCAACAGGAGGUUACACUAGUGUCUUAAACACAAAACACCGAAUAGUUCCUCAGUUGUCCUUAUCUCUGUUCCCAUCAAUUCUCUUCCUUUUCCCAGCUGUUGUUCUCCCCAUCAGUUCCAGCUGACUUUUGGGAAACCAGCCAGUAAAAGUGUACUGGCCCCGGCAAACCCGCGCCUCGCACAGAGUCAGCCCACAGGCCUCUCCACACAGCAGGAACUAAACAAACACUUUCCCUGUAAGAGCGCCACAGCUAAGCUGCUGGCGCCAUAGCUUUCUCCUCCAGAGCAGUAUCAAAGGCACGAAAUUAACUCAAAGUCUUUACUUACCCUUCUUUUAGUUUCCUGGCACAACCCAGGCACCGAAUUUCUGUAAACCGUGUAACUGGGCGUUGAACAUUUGAGCAGCCGCCAAAACAACAAAUCCUCAUCCCACCCGCCCGCGCCGUUCGAAUUUUAAACUCUGCGCCGGUGAUGACAUCAUCACGCACGGCGCGCACGGGCGUGCGUAACUCUCACGCGUCACUCGUCGCCGGAACUAGCGUAUUGUUCGCGCUGCGCAACGGGUCUCACUGGCGUCUCCCGGCCAGCAAGCGUAAAAGAUGUGUUGUUUUCAAUCAAGGUGAAUUGGAUGCUAUGGAAUAUCAUAAAAAGAUCAGGAGACUGAUUUUGGAUGGCUCUUCACAGUUAAUCCAAGAAGGUCUCAAAAGUGGCUUUCUUCAUCCACUUUCUGAAAAACGGGACAGUAAGCCCAUUGCUUUACCACUUGAUACCUGCAAUUUGUCAGAAUUAUGUGAAAUGGCAAAGCUUUUGCCUUCUCUGAAUGAAAUGGAACUUCAGACGUUACAAUUGAUGGAAGAUAAUAUGUCUGUUACAGAGCAGGAUUUAUUUUCACGGGUUGUUGAAAACAACUCUAGCUUUACAAAACUGAUUACUUUAAUGGGACAGAAAUACCUGUUACCACCAAAAACCAGUUUUCUUUUGUCUGAUAUUUCUUGUAUGCAUCCACUUCUGAAUUGUAGAAAAACAUAUGAUGUAAUUGUGAUAGAUCCACCAUGGCAGAACAAAUCAGUUAAAAGGAGUAAUAGGUAUAAUUAUUUAUCACCACUGCAAAUAAAGCAACUGCCUAUCCCUAAACUGGCUGCUCCAAACUGUCUUAUUGUUACUUGGGUAACCAAUAAGCAGAAGAACCUACGUUUUGUAAAGGAAGAACUUUAUCCUUCUUGGUCUGUGGAUAUAGUUGCUGAGUGGCACUGGGUAAAAAUUACCAGUUCAGGAGAGUUUGUGUUUCCACUAGAUUCUCCACACAAAAAGCCUUAUGAAGUUCUUAUACUGGGGAGAGUUCGAGAAAAAACUGAUUUAUCAUUAAGGAAUGCAGAUGUAAAAGUGCUCUCCAUUCCAGACCACAAGUUAAUUGUCAGUGUGCCCUGUACUCUUCACUCACAUAAGCCACCUCUUGCUGAGGUUCUAAAAGACUAUAUCAAGCCAAAUGGGGAAUGUUUGGAAUUGUUUGCUCGAAACUUACAACCAGGCUGGACUAGUUGGGGCAAUGAAGUUCUCAAAUUUCAGCAUGUGGAUUAUUUUAUUGCUCUGGAAUCUGGAAGCUGACUGAUCUUAAUGUAGUAAUUUUCUUCUCCCUUCAUUAUAACUGCUUUUUCCUUUUAUUACCAGCCAGUAUAUGUAGAUAUUUAAAUAGGACAUUUUUUUAGCAGAAUGACCAGAAGUGACUAGCCUUCUUCUUGUUUUGAGAUUGAUUUUACUUUAGUUGCACUUGUAUUCCAUAUUAUUCUAUUUAGACUUAAUACAAAUAAAGAGAAAGAUGGCAAGAUUGUAUUAAUGAAGAAAUUCAGAAGGCAUCCUGCCUAUGGAUUUUGGUUUUUGGUCUAUAGUGGUUGUAUGAAAGAAAUUUUGAACCAUCAUUCUAAAAAAAUUAGGAAAUUCACGUAUAAGUCCAGAUUUCUAUUUUACUUUAAAUAUCAGGGCUCUGGCUACAUUGUAGCCUAUGUUCUUUCCUGACAUCAAAUUGCAGUACUUUGGGAUGGAGUUCACUUGGGAAUGACUUUGCUCUCCAGUUUACCAUAGUACCUUUUGUUUCAUGCCACUUUCAUUCUGGAAAAGUAUUCAAAGAUUUUUCCAAGUACUUUAUCACUGUACGGAAUCAAUGAAAACAUUUUUGAAGGGUUUUAAAUUGUGGUUAGGGAAACUUGUCAAGUACUUCCUCAUUUUUGUUUUUCUGCAAGAAAACUUAAAAGCCAUUUCUUAUAAAAUGUCAGAAAAUAAAUAC